AUGGCAGAGUUGGACACCUUGGACAUUAUUGUCCUGGGAGCAAUCCUGCUCGGGACACUCGCCUACUUCACAAAGGGCACCUACUGGGGUGUCACCAAGGAUCCCUAUGCCAAUGUGUUCGCCAAUGCGAAUGGCGCCAAGGCUGGCAAGUCGAGGAACAUUGUCGAGAAGAUGGAAGAGUCCGGCAAGAACUGUGUCAUCUUCUACGGCUCUCAGACCGGUACUGCCGAGGACUACGCCUCUCGACUGGCCAAGGAGGGCAAGAGCCGCUUCGGCCUGGAGACCAUGGUGGCCGAUCUUGAGGAGUACGACUUUGAGAAUCUCGACACAUUCCCCAACGACAAGGUGGCCAUGUUCAUCCUAGCCACCUAUGGAGAAGGCGAGCCGACUGAUAACGCUGUAGACUUCUACGAGUUCGUCACUGGAGAGGACACUGCGUUCUCUGAGAGCAACGAACCUGCGCUCGGCAACCUCAACUACGUUGCUUUCGGCCUCGGUAACAACACCUACGAACAUUACAACUCCAUGGUCCGCAACGUUGACAAGGCAUUCACCAAGUUUGGCGCCCACCGCAUCGGCGAGGCCGGCGAGGGUGACGACGGCGCUGGAACUAUGGAGGAGGACUUUCUGGCCUGGAAGGAACCCAUGUGGUCUGCGCUGGCAGACAAGAUGGGUCUUCAAGAGCGCGAGGCCGUUUAUGAGCCCGUCUUCGGUAUCGUCGACCGCGACAACCUCAGCGCUGAAUCCCCCGAGGUUUACCUUGGCGAGCCCAACAAGAUGCACCUCGAGGGCACGGCCAAGGGCCCAUUCAACGCUCACAACCCAUACAUUGCCCCGAUUGUCGAAUCUCGUGAACUCUUCUCGGUCAAGGAUAGGAACUGCCUACAUGUCGAAGUCGACAUUAGCGCCUCCAACCUGUCUUACCAAACUGGUGAUCACAUUGCUAUCUGGCCUACGAAUGCCGGCGACGAAGUCGACAGGUUCCUCGACAUUCUUGGCUUGAAGGAGAAGCGUCACAACGUCAUCAGCGUCAAGGCCCUCGAGCCCACCGCCAAGGUUCCCUUCCCUACUCCAACAACCUACGACGCCAUUGUCCGAUACCAUAUGGAGAUCUGUGCUCCCGUUUCUCGUCAAUUUGUGUCUACAUUGGCUGCGUUCGCUCCCAAUGAAGAAGCCAAGGCUGAGAUGGUCAAGCUCGGCAGCGACAAGGACUACUUCCACGAAAAGACGAUUCCACAGCUGUUCAAUAUCGCUGGUCUGCUUGCCCAGGUCAGCAACGGGGAAAAGUGGACAAGUAUUCCCUUCUCUGCUGUUAUCGAAGGCCUCAACAAGCUCCAGCCCCGUUACUACUCUAUUUCCUCGUCCUCCCUCGUGCAGCCCAAGAAAAUCUCCAUCACGGCAGUCGUCGAGAACCAGAUGGUGCCGGGUCGCGAGGAACCAUUCCGCGGUGUUGCCACCAACUACCUACUCGCGCUCAAGCAGAAGCAGAACGGCGACCCGAACCCCGAAGCGUUCGGCAAGACAUACGAGCUGCUCGGGCCCCGCAACAAGUACGACGGCAUCCAUGUUCCCGUCCACGUCCGCCAUUCCAACUUCAAGCUGCCUUCUGAUCCCUCGAAGCCCGUUAUCAUGAUCGGCCCCGGCACUGGUGUGGCUCCUUUCCGUGGCUUUGUGCAAGAGCGUGCCAAGCAGGCUCAGAACGGCGCUCCCGUCGGGAAGACGCUCUUGUUCUUUGGGUGUCGUAAGCCAGAGGAGGACUUUAUGUACGAGAAGGAGUGGGAGGAGUACAAGGAGGCUCUUGGCGACAAGUUUGAGCUCGUGACUGCCUUCUCGCGGCAGACCAAGAAGAAAGUCUAUGUUCAGCAUCGCCUGCAGGAGUAUGGCAAGGAAGUCAAUGAGCUCCUUUCGCAAAAGGGCUUCUUCUACGUUUGUGGCGAUGCGGCCAACAUGGCUCGCGAAGUCAAUGCUGUCUUGGCCAAAAUCAUUUCGACCGAGCGUGGCGUGACAGAGGCCAAGGGCGAGGACAUUGUCAAAAGCAUGAGGUCUUCCAACCAGUAUCAGGAGGAUGUUUGGUCAUGA